UAUUCCAGAGGUCAAGCUUAAGACAACCUAUCACCAUUGUUAAGGAAUACAUAUAUUCAGCGCAGCAAGCAUCAAUUGGGGAUCAAGCACCGGUCCAACUUGAAGCCCAGCGUCUGUUACAAACCAUGGAACCAAAAGAGAUCCUAAUACUUGGCUUAGUGGGUGCCUACCUCGUGGCAUUGGCCGUCACAACCAAAGCACCUCCACAUCUUCUCCAUCGCAGUAAUCUCAAGAACACAUUCAUUGCUUGGCCCGCUUCACACAGCAUCAAACUGAAAUGUAAAGCCAACGGAUCAACACCUCUCCAUUAUCAGUGGCUAAAAGAUGGCAAGCCAAUCAGGCCAAGAAGACUACAGCCAUUAUUAAAGACCAAUCAAUGGUUCUUGCGUAUUAGAUACCUCAUACCGUCUGACGGGGGUGAUUAUACCUGUAUUGUAACAAAUGCUUAUGGGAAAGUCAAUCACACCUAUAGUCUCUAUGUUGUCUUGAGACCUCGUAGCCGACCACUCCUCCACUGUGGCUACCCAAAGAACACCACCACGCAGAUCCAAACCAACGUAUCACUACAGUGUAUAGUCGUCGCAAGUAGCAGUCUACCUGACUUCCGCUGGAUCAAGUGGAACACACCACCAAAAAAUUUCCGCACCAACUUAGACUUCACUAACGGAAACUUCACUGCGAUCGACCCGAUCCACUACAGGACGCUAAAGGUUGAAAAGGGGAAGUAUGGUGUGGAAUUACAGCUGAAUAACGUCCAAGAGAAAGACUUUGGUUUAUACACCUGUGUUGCUAGUAAUCAUUUAGGCAGGGAUUAUAGAAGUGCGUUCUUGUUAAAAAACAAAGUCAAGACUCGUAAUGAAGAUGAAAUAAGAACGAUUAUUCCUAAACACAAGACGACGAUUAGAAUAACACAAGGUACUGAUAGUAACACCAUCGUAGCAUCAGCUAACAAGCAAACGUCUGAACUCCAAGUGCCAUUCAGUGCUGUUAUUGGCCUGACCGCAGGUCUGCUCUCUCUUACUGUGGGUGCCAUGCUGUGGUGCCACUAUAACCACAAAAAGAAACUCAAUAAUCAAAACCAAUCCUGGAUAUAGGGAUUGUUAUCGCAUGGUUUUUCUUAUUUACUUGUUAGGAAGAGAGUCUAAGCCCAAGAUUCAUAGUUUUUUGGGCAUAAACCUGGGAAAACAGUCUAUAUAAAGGCAUUCAGAGUUACACAUUAGAGGUUCGGCGAUUGGAAAUUGGCCACUCCUGAUACAUAAGUUCCUUGUAUAGAAGGCCAUGUUUUCUUCAAUAGGUUAAUAUUAUUUCCUUAUGCAACUCUCUUUGGCUAGCCCGUUACUGCUUUGGUGGACUGCCUGUGGUUUACUGAGGAGGGUCUCUUUCGUUUCCAUUCCCACAGGAAUCCCCGAAGGUAAAGGCCUUACUCCCUCCAUUACUUUGGGUGUAACGUUUUCCCAUGAUUUCAGACGAAGUGCCAAUCUCUUGAGCAUAAAUUCUUUGUUUUGGCUAUUCCCGAGACGAUUGAAAUGCAUAUGGGUGAAACAUUAGACUCAAAUAGGCUGAAUCUAUAGAUUUAAAGUUCUGUACAGUUCUUCGGCAAUCCAGAAAAUUAUGGUUUAUUUGGCUUAAAAUCGAAAGUACUUCGGCCACGUAACAGUAUGGCCUCCUUUCAAGGAUGACGGAGAAAUUGUUUUAAGAACAUGGAGCUGAAAAGUUAAGACGAAUUCCUUAUAAGGAAGUUAGAAGACGAAAUCCCACGUCUCGCCCUGGUCGUGACUCCUACAUCCCUGCCUACACUAAAGCUGUACAUAGUAAUAUUUUAGAAAACUCGUGGAAAAGGUUUUCGCAAUUUCAUUCUAAAAAUAAUCAAUUAAUCUUAAAAAAUCAAUAGCUCACGAAGGUAAUUUUUGUUGAUUACAGCAUGUAUAAUAGCAAGUUUUAUGCGAAAUAAAUUAUGCAGUUGCUCGA